AUGAUGAACCAUCAUCUGCCCGCAAUGCCCCAUGGGCAGCCACCCAUGCCUUCUCCGCGGCGGCAACAGGAUAUUCCAUACUCGACAGGUCCCCCAAAUAUGCGAUCGCCUCCCGCGUACAUGGGUUACCACCCUCAGAUGAAUCAGAUGAAUGGUCACCCCCCUCCGGCCGCCUAUUCUCCACAGCAAUACCCUCAGUGGUAUGGCCCAUAUCCUCCGAUGCAGAUGCCUCCACGCCCUUACCCAAACCCAUAUGCACCGACAUUCAUCUCUUCCUACCCCCCUGCGCAGCCGCUGAUGGCUCCAGUUCAUAUGCACCCCCAACCACACCCCAUGCAGCCGAGAGCGUCAACUCCUUUCCAAAAUGCCAUGCCCUCCCCCGUGGUACCGGCUCCUGUCUCCAUACAACCCCAAUCUCAAUCUCCUGCAGUCGUCCCGAUACACCCGACGCCUAGUCCAGCUAUGCCCUCGUCUCCUGGUCCGGUACCAGCAGCUACCCCCCCUCCCGCAAAGGAGCCGUUUCGCGCUCCGUUGCCUUGGCUCUCCGUUCCCGACCGUCCUUUCCCAGCCAGAGCCCCACGUAGACGAUGGAGGAGCCGCAUUCUGCAGGCUUCUUCUGUCGCUGUAGAGCUCCCGACAAAGGAGGUGCAGCGGACUCAGGAGACCCGAGAACCGGGGAAUACUACCAAGGGCCUUGAACCCCAAGCACAAACCCCGUCUGAGCCGCAAACUCCAACUCUAUCAGUCGCUCCGUCCACUGCUGACUCGACACAACCCACCACUCCUUCCUCGGCCGUGCAAAACCCAUCUACCCGUCCCCAAUCACUUCCCAAAGGAUCGAAAUCUACCACUAUCCCUGUCGUUCCGGUUGUCCCUGUUGUUCCCGGUCCGGGCACCCCUCGUCAAGCAACAAAAGACGAUGCUAGCCGCGCCUCGGAAACGCCAAAGUCUGCUGCCAAUGUGGCUAGCGCUACACCAGCGAAUGGAGCAACUCCAGAGCCAGAGGAAACAGAGAAGGUCGCCUCACCUGUCCGUGCGGCACCCAAAUCCUGGGCAGACUUGGUUCGCUCCAAGGGUGCGGCACGUGCCUCAGGUGCUCAAGGUACAUCUCCGGAUGUUCUCAACGGCGUCCUCCAACACCAGAGCAAGUCUGUUGCAGACGUUUUGUUGAGUCUGGGAGAAGAUGUCUCCCAGUACAGUGACAAAGUAGCUUUUCUUGAACCCAGGGGUCUUGUGAAUACCGGGAAUAUGUGCUAUAUGAACUCGGUUCUUCAAAUUUUAGUCUCAUGUGUGCCAUUUUAUCAGUUUUUGGAUCAUAUCGGAAAGAGUGCAUCGCACAGCUUUCAGAGCGACUUCCCAAUGAUUGAUGCAUUGAUCAUGUUCAUGAAAGAAUUCCGUGUGAUUGAUGCCGCUCACAAUGAAGACCAGUUACGAUUGAGACUGAAGCCUACCGAGCUGGAGGAGUAUGGAGAAGCUUUCAUUCCCGAGUUCGUUUAUCAGGUCAUUCGCCAAUUGCCCCGAUUUAGGGAUAUGCGACGCGGUCAUCAGCAAGAUGCCCAAGAGUUUUUGGGCUUCCUUCUCGAAGAAAUGCACGAGGAAUGUGCCCGCGCCGGAAAGGAUUCUCCUGCGCCGCAUUUCCCUGGUUCAUCAGAGGACGCUGAUUCCACUGCUGCUGCUACCAACGGCGAAAACGCGGAUGGUUGGAUGGAAGUCGGACAUAAGCAGAAAGCUGCCGUCACUCGAUCAUCGGGCCAUCUUGCCUCGGAAUCUCCAAUCACCAAGAUCUUUGGCGGUAAGAUUCGGUCUGAGUUCCGUGUGCCGGGCAAUAAGGCCUCCGUGACUCUGGAACCAUACCAACCUCUGCAGCUUGAUAUCGGUUCUCCCGAUAUUAACAAUAUUGUGGAUGCACUCAAAGGCCUAACGAAGCCGGAAAGCAUUCAAGGAGACUUUAACUCCGCACGUGGCCCCAAUGUCACUGCUACAAAGCAAAUAUUCAUUGAAAGUCUGCCGCCUGUCUUGAUCCUCCAUCUGAAGCGGUUCCAGUACGAUAGUGUGACCAGAGGCACCCAGAAGAUUUGGAAGAAGAUUGGAUAUCCUCUCGAUCUGGAGAUUCCUCGGGAGGUAUUUCCGCCCCAUCGUCGCAAUGUCAUGAUGGCUCAAGGCGGCCUACCCAAAUACCGGCUCAUUGGUGUCAUCUACCAUCACGGUAAGAACGCCGGUGGCGGCCAUUAUACAGUGGAUGUCCGUCGCCAAGAUGGUCGUGAAUGGAUUCGCAUUGAUGAUACAGCCAUCCGUCGUGUUAGGAGCGAAGAUGUCGCAGAGGCUGGAGGCGAAGAGGAUCCCAAGGUCCUGGCCGCAGCGCUAGAGCAGCAUAAGCGCGACAAAGAGCCCAACGCUAAUAUCUACGACCAUAUCGAUCAAGACGACUUCGAAAAUGUGGACGAUGGGCGAGGCUGGAGUCAAGUUAACGGUACCGGCUCGGGUGGUCAUUCAAGCAAGAAGUCCACCUCUACCCCCAUUAAUGGUGUUCCGGCCCAGUCUGGGACAUCCUCGGGGGUUCGCACUCCACUUGGAAGAUAUGGAUCUCGCGACAACAAGGUGGCAUACUUGUUGUUUUACGAACGCAUCCCAUGA